AUGAAAGUCUUUAUUGCUCUUUUACUCAUUACUUUGGCUGCGGCUCGUGAUCUUUCAACAUCACGGUGUUCAAAGUUCUUACAUGUUAAUGGUUUUUCAUCAAAUUUUAAUGAAACUAUUGCUCAUGCAAUUCAUUCAAUGACUGUUCAAGGUUUACAACUUUUCAAUCCACGUGCUCAUGAACAUAAUAAAAUUCCAACUGUUAAUCAUAAUCUUCAUGAUAAAAAUGGAGUUAAAGUUCUUAUGUAUGCACCAAAUGAUCCACUUCCAUCAGAUUAUUUUGGUUUUUCAAUGAAUAUGAUCGAUAAAAUUCUUGCUAUGAUUGGUAAAUCAGAUGAUGGUCUUGGUCCUAAUUGGUCAUCAACAGAACGAAUUGCUCAUAAAUUUCAUAUGUGGGAUUUAUGGCUUCGUCUUCAAAAAGAAGUUCGUGAACUUACACCAAAACCAACACCAUCAGUUUGCAAAUGUGUUUUGGAUGUUGAAUCAAAUGGUGUUCUUCAAGCUGUUCAAUGGAUUGCUGCCCAUUACGAAUCAGGUACACCAAUUACAUUACUUGAUCGUCCUAUUCCAAAAUUAGUUGAUUCUGAAUCAUGGGCUUUUUGGAAAAAGGAUCUUCUUCAUUAUUAUACACCUGAAGCUCUUCAUGAUGCAGCUGUUUAUCUUUAUUGUGUUACAAAAGAUUUUUAG